AUGGACGUCGACACGGCAGACCAACCCGAUAAAGCCCCUCAAGCCUGCGUAUCCUGUCGAAAGCAAAAGAGAAAAUGCGACAAGUUGUUGCCCAGCUGCUCGUUGUGCACUCGCAUGUCCCGGCCUUGUGAUUAUUCGGAGACCGCCCCGAUUCCUACCUCUGAAGACUUUGCCAUGAUGCGACAGAAAAUUGCUGACCUGGAAGCCCGACUCGAAGGUCGACGCUCCGAGGGCUGGCAUGGACCGAUGCGAUCUUUCAGCAGAAGCCCGGGCACGGGGAGCGAGGCUGGCUUUGCAACCGACAGCAAUGUCACCUUCCCACCUGCUUUUUUCCUCGACGCCGAAGUCUAUGCCGAAGCGCAGAUGACCAUUCCUCGACCCAACAUAGCGGUGCCCCCAGAGGUUGCGGCGACGGUGGGAGUCUCGAUCCUGGACAUCCAGGACAUUGUCGACCGGUACUUUGCCAACAUUCACACCUGGCUUCCUUUCAUCUCCAAGAAGCGCAUGCAGUUGACACUGUCCAAUCCCGCUCUGGAGCUCACUCUCGACCUAGCACUCCUCCUGCUAUCCAUGAAACUGGUCCUCCAAGUUCCCCAGGGGGAUUCCCAGAGUAUUCGAUCCCCGCUGUACAAUCUCACCAAGAGCUACGCCACGAUGGUGGAAUCGAGUGGAUUGAUGUCCUUACAACUGCUGCAAGCAAACAUCUUGAUCGCGACGUACGAGCUCGGCCAUGCGGUCUAUCCAGCUGCUUACCUAAGUACUGGACACUGCGCAAGGCUAGGACAUGCUCUGGGUCUCAACGACAGGAAACGUGCUCCUCAAAUGUUGAAGAAGAAAUCGGGAUCGUGGGCGGAGCUAGAAGAGUUUAAAAGGACGUGGUGGGCAACAAUGCUGCUGGAUAGGUAUGUGCAACUAUACCCCUAUACGGAUCUGAAGCUGACCUUUGGUGGAGACGACGACCUCUGGGACGAAGGCCACAUAACGACAAGUGAGCCCCUUUACGUGACCUCGCCCACCAACGUCAAAGCCGGAGCGUUUACACGAACGUGCCAAGCGACGCACCUCAUGGGGAGGCUCGUCCGACUCCUCAAUGACAAGAUGCUUGAUGCCCCCAUGCGAUUUUCAGAAGCAAUCCAACUACAUCGGACACUGCAGGCAUUGGCAAACCUACUUCCCAACGAUGUCCAUCACGUUCCCGAGCGCUAUGGAACACCCUUGGCACUCUGUUACAGCAGCCUCAUGCACCUGUGUGACCCUUUUGCCUGUACCGAGUCCAAUCACGGCUUCCAUACUGUCGAAGAGACUGAGAUGCAGACAAUUGCAAUCGCUGGGCUGAAGUCGGUUGCAUCAGAUGUACUCCGUUUCAGCCAGCUGUGGCACAUGGGCAUGCUAUCGAAUCCUGCGGCAGCAAGUCCUUUGCUUGGAGUCAGGGAAAUGGGAGACGCCUACCAUGUUCUCAGAAAGGUGUUGGAAACAAUGUCUUCCCGAUGGGCGGUAGCGCAGCAAUAUCUGAUUUUGCUCGACCUGAGUAAGGAGCAUCUACUUGCUGCCAUGGCCACGACUGCAGCAGCUUCUUACAAGGCUCGCAAGGAAGCCUUCGUGUCCAACCUCUACGGAAGUUCCUUGACCGAGAUCAAUUUGGUCACGCUUGUUGCCGCAGCCGCCGUCUUUCUCUGGACUGCUUUGCAGAAGAACUACUCAUUCUUCACGCCGUCCUCUCCGGUCGCUUUACUCGCCGACUUCCUGCUCAAUGUCUGCGCUAUUUUGUUCGCAAUCACUCUCUAUUCAUCCGCGCCGCUGGCCUUAAACGUCUUUCUCAUCACGCCGGCGGUGCUCCUUGUAUUCCUCAAGACUGGAGCGCAGUCGACCACUUCUUCGGACGGUUCAGCCAACUCAUCGGCUAGGAAACCAAGGAAGCCAGCCAAUGUCGAUCCUUCGGUUGUUAGUGGCAGCGAGACUAGCAAUUCCAAUGCUUCCCUGACCCUCCCAGUUCGACCAUUCCUCACUCAUUACCGAGGCUCCAUGCUCGUUGUGACCUGUUUGGCUAUCCUAGCUGUCGACUUUCCCAUCUUCCCUCGUCGAUACGCCAAAGUGGAGACAUGGGGCACGUCGCUCAUGGAUCUAGGCGUUGGCUCUUUCGUCUUUUCCGCCGGUGUGGUCUCUGCUCGAGCUGUCGUCCGCGUCCGUUUCAGUGACCAGGCCUCUCCACAAACCACCUCCUCCAACUUUGGCAGUCGUUUCAUCAAAGCUUUUCGACAUUCUAUCCCUUUACUCAUCCUCGGCUUUAUUCGUCUUUACAGCGUCAAAGGACUUGACUAUGCCGAGCAUGUCACGGAAUACGGAGUUCACUGGAAUUUCUUCUUCACCCUGGCAUUACUUCCACCCUCCGUAGAGAUCUCUGACAGCCUAAGCAGGGCAUUCAAGUCCUACGAGGUCUUUGCGCUCACUCUGGCUGUCGUCUACGAACUGGUCCUUGACAACACAGACCUUCUGUCGUAUAUUCUCAUUUCUCCUCGAGGACCCGGUCUCUUGUCGAAAAAUCGUGAAGGAGUGUUCUCCUUCACAGGAUACCUGGCGAUCUUCCUCGCAGGGCGUGGAACCGGAAUACUCUUAGUCCGGUUUAACGAACCAGUUCCCAAGGUCACGAAGCAGUCGAGCCCGAGCGAUGUCACGCGCCGUGAGAGAAAAUUGGUCCUCAGAGGCCUUUUCGUCAUGUCUCUCGUCUAUGGUUUCCUGUACUGGGCAACGACGAGCAUCCACAUGUUCAGUCUCACAGUAUCCCGCCGCCUCGCCAAUCUUCCUUACGUGCUGUGGGUCGUGGCCUUUAACAAUGCCCAACUCUUCCUGUUUGGUCUGGUGGAAGACUUCGGGCCAAUAUUCUCCUACAAUCCGGAAGACAAGGACAGGGUUCGAUCUGCAACCAGCCGCAUUUUGGCGGUAUAUAACAACAAUGGGCUCGUCGUCUUUCUGAUUGCCAAUCUAUUGACGGGUCUGGUCAAUCUGACUUUCAACACGCUCGAUAUGCCUCCACUAGAGGCAAUGGGUCUAUUGAUAGUUUAUGCCGUGAUGGUCACUGGGGUAGCUCUAGGACUGGACAAGAGCGGCGUGAAGAUCAAGCUAUAA